UUUGAGGCAGUUUCAGUUAGUUAUACGAAUAAUGGCAAAUCAAUAAACUUGAAAUCUUUCGUCAGAGUGAAAGUCGUCGUCACUCCGCCUUUCAAUUUAACACACCUCAUGAAGUGCAAACGCAAACAGUUUUACCGGUAUUCAUACCACACAAUUAGACUUCUACGUAAGUGCGCAUAGCUCGUUAACUGUAACAAAAAUGCGUUAACAUCUCAUUCAGCAAGUUCGCGUCAGUGGGAUUAAGCUAUCAAGUGGGACGACAGACAGUGUUGACUAUGAAAGCGUUAUUGUUAGUUAUUUUAAUAAUUAUCCACGAAACGUACAGUGUAUCGAUCAAUAAGCCUGUUGAUUUUGAAGAACCUGAUCAGAAUUUUACUGAAAUCAAAGAAUUAUCGAGGAAGAAGAGGUUUUUGCUGUUUCCGGUUGGGGCUGCUCUUCUGGUAACAGUAUCGGGUGCCAAAGCUAUGAUAUACAAAGGCCCCGGAGGAAAUUUUGCAAUUUUAGAGUUGGACAUGUAUCACCCGCUUCCUGAUUUUAAAAAUCGAAUCACACAAUUCAAACUAGGAGAAAUAUCAUAUCCACCAAAACCAGGCAAUCCAGCUCCUCCACCAACGCCUCCUCCGCCACCCCCACCACCAGCCCCUGCACCUCCUACAACUCCAGAAGACCCACACGAUCAUCACGAUGGUCACGAGCUAACGGAUAUGGAACUGCAAGACUAUUUGAAGGCUCAUCCAGACGCGUGGGUGCCUCCAGGUUAUGGCAAAGAUAGAUCCGAUUGGCUUCCACAGCAAACGAAUGAUCCGUAUUCAACGUACUACCAAGAAAAUCCAGCGUCAAAUUAUAUCCCUUUUGAAAACAACAUGUUGGAUUACUAUCCAUCUGAUUCCUACCGUAUGAGAAGAUCCGAUGACGCAGUCUCUGGACAUGGUGUUGGCGACGACCAUGAAGACCGGUACAAUAUCAGCCAUCAUCGAAGCUGGGAGCACUACCAUCACUAUCGGGAAAAGCGAGACUUGUAUCAGUCACUAGAGCGUGCCCUCGGGGACAAGUUUAGGUUCCAGAUGAAAUCCUGUAUAUUACGAGCUAUAUGUGAGGCACGAAGUUUUCUCCUUCCGCCGGGUAGGUCCAUGAUGAUGGACAUACUAAGGAUUUUGUUCAGUGUUCCACUGAAGGAUGACCUACAGGAUGAAUACAGUAAUGCGAUGAGAAAUGAAAAUAUGGACUGCCAUGAAGUUUACGGAAAAGAUUGUUCAGUCAGUAUAUUGUAUUUGAUUUUGUUUGGAAAGUUUGUUCCUUAGUGAAUCACAAUAAAAUAAAACAAAUAAAAUGUACGUUUCAUAAUAAUUUUCACUAGACUAAGCCCAUUUGAUAACUUUUGACU